CUGUCUCGCCAGCGCCGUGACUGGAAUGACAUUUCAGAUUGAUUGAUAAAAAAAAGAAAGAAAGAAGAAUAAUUAAACCUCUCAAUCAAUUUUUUACUUUUGUUUAUGUCAUUUCGUCUAAUUAGAAGCAACAAUGAAUUGAAAAUUAGUCAUUAUUCAUAAUUGCAUAAAUGCGAAUAUGUAAAUCAAUUCAACAAUAUUGGAUAGUAACGAUUCGACCAGUCGCCAGUCAAACGUUGAACCGGACGAAGAGUUAAAUCUUCUUUUUUUUUGCUUUGAUUUUUCGAUUGAUCUUGAUUUUGUGUGUGUGUGGGGAAAAAUUUGACCAUUUCGUGUGCGAUUGGAAUUUUACUUAAUUUUGAUAAACCGAUAAAAUCCAGUGAUAAAAUCGACAAAUAAGAAAAAAGCGAAAAAUUAUUAACACCGACAAUGGAUGCAUGCAAUACAAAUCAGCCUUCGAGAAAAAAGACUUGGUCGGAGUUGAAAUCCGUUGUUAGUGAUUUACGAAAACAACUGUCAUCUCUAUGUGGCAUAAUUCCAACAAACAUACAUUUUCGUUCGCUAUCGGAUGGCCGUACCAGAAUUUAUUUUCUGAGUCCACCUCCAAAUGGCUUUCAAAUGACGACCCUUCUAUACACCGACAUACAAUCACAUAGCGAAAGUACACAACCUCAAAAAUUACAAUGGCAUCCCUUAUUGGAACCGUCAAUACCGACAUUGUCGUCGAACACAGCUUGCCCCCGCGAAACACAGCUAUUGAUGGAACGUAAACGAUUGUCGACGUGGGGCAUUACAGAAUAUGAAUUGCACAAGAAGAGUGGCAGAAUUAUUUUCCCAGCUAUUGGCACGUUGUACCAGUGCAUCGACACCGGAUAUAGUCCCAGUCCAUUAUUUCCAUCCGAGUUGCGAGUGUGCCAACUAUGGACUGCCAUUGACCCGCAAAUUUGUCCGCACAAUUCCGACUUGACCGCUUAUGUUUGUGGCGGUGAUUUAUGGGUAACGCAUGCAUUUAGCGGGCAUGGUGAACGAUUAACAUUUGCCCAUGAUGGUCGAAGGGCAUCAUUUGCCGAUGAUCCAUUGAGUGCUGGUGUACCUUCGUACGUUAUGCAGGAAGAAUUCAAUCGAUAUCAAGGAUACUGGUGGCAGCCCAAUAAAUCAGAAGAUGGAAUUUAUCGAAUCGUAUACGAAGAGGUGGACGAAAGUGACGUUUGUCUGUUCACCUUUCCGUCGUCACAGUCGGUGGGCGGUGAUUUCGAAGAGUAUCGUUUUCCACGAGCCGGAACGCCCAACGCCAAAUCGAAAUUGAAAAUGGUGCAAUUUACACUGUCCGAAACGCUGCACAUAACCGACAUUUGCGUGAAAGAUCUGCAAUAUCCGUUGACGUUCUCGUUUCCAUGGUUGGAGUAUAUUGUUCGGGUCGGCUGGACACCGGACUCAAAAUAUGUAUGGGCUCAAAUAAUGAAUCGGACGCAGCAACGUCUGGAGCUGGUGCUAAUUCCUCUAGAUAAUUUCUGUGAAUCCUGUGGUAGUGUCACUUCAUCUCCCAAUGGCGAUCAUAGCUGGAAGUCACCGCUUGGUAAAACCACGACUCCGAUUCAAGUGAUCUACAAGCAAACGUCUACCAAUUGGGUGAAUGUUAACGAUUUGAUGACAUUUUUAUCGAUCACCGACACGACCGUAACAUUUAUUUGGGCGUCCGAGGACAGCGGUUUUCGUCAUUUGUAUUUAGUAACAUCUAGUCUGGUUCAAUCGGCUAACGGUAUCAAAGAAUCGAUGGUCAUUGAACACACCGAUUGUAUUAAUCUAGUCCCAAGUAUUAUUAGUAAGACAGAAUUAACGUCCGGCGACUGGGAGGUGCUAGGUAGAAACAUCUGGAUUGACAAGGCCAAACAAUUAAUUUAUUUCGUUGGCCUAAGAGAAACACCGCUGGAAAAGCAUUUAUAUGUCGUGAGCAUGAACAAUCCCGGCGAUAUUCGUUUACUCACCGUACCUGGAUAUUCCUAUUCUGUUGAAUUCAAUGAUGAAUGCACACUGCUCAUCCAAAUUUACUGCAAUAUCCGACGUCUUCCAUCGUGCGAGGUGUUCAAGGUGACUCAAUUGUGUGAAUCGGGUAGUGUACAUGGAAUCACACUGACAUCGUUGGGUUAUUUGAUCGAAGGUGGUCCACCCGAAAAUUUCCAGUACAGUCCGGCUAUAUUCAGCCCGCGUUUGCCGAAUGGCGAGACACUGUAUGCCAUGGUCUUCAAGCCGCAUAAUUUCGAAUUGGGCGUUCGAUAUCCGACAGUGUUGAAUGUGUACGGUGGUCCGGAAGUGCAAACAGUCAAUAACACAUUUAAGGGAAUGAGGCAAUUACGUAUGCAUAUGUUAGCCGCUCAAGGUUAUUGUGUGAUCUGUGUCGAUUCACGUGGAUCACGACAUCGCGGUGUAUCGUUCGAGAGUCAUUUGCGUGGCAAAAUGGGACAAGUUGAGCUAGCCGACCAGGUUGCCGUACUGAAAAUCUUAGCCGAUCAGCUGGGUUUCAUUGACUUGAAUCGAGUCGGCAUCCACGGAUGGUCAUACGGUGGUUACUUAACGCUGAUGGGACUUAUUCAACAUCCGGAUGUGUUCAAAGUGGCGAUUGCUGGAGCGCCCGUGACGAAUUGGGAAUAUUACGAUACUGGCUACACCGAACGGUAUAUGGACCUACCGGAGAACAAUAAGCAGGGAUAUGUGGCUGGUUCGGUACUCAGCUAUAUUCACAAAUUUCCCGAAGAGGACAAUCGGCUGCUGAUUAUCCAUGGUCUGAUCGACGAAAAUGUCCAUUUCUUUCACACGUCGCAGCUGAUCAAUCAUCUUAUCAAGGCAAACAAACCGUACCAAUUGCAAGUGUACCCGAAUGAACGUCAUUCGUUGCGCAAUUUGGACGCUAGUAAACAUUAUGAGACGACGUUGUUAUCUUUUUUGCAAAAUAAUUUGUAGACCGCUAAAAAUGGGUGCGAACAUUAUAUUGUGAGUGUCCGGAUCGGAGGUUGGUGCAUCGCAAAACAUUUAAAAAAAAAAUCGUUUCGACAACUUAAUGAGCAUUUUGUUGGUGUCUCGAUUGAUAAACUUUUGUCGGUUUUAUAUGACGCAGAGUCGUUGACUUCAGUGAUUUAACAAUUGAGACGUUUUCUAGUUCUUCUUCCUUUUUUUUCACAAAUUUUUGUUACAGUGGAGCGGUGUGUUUUGCCACUUUUAGUUACUUAAAGAAAAAGUUAAACUUUUUGCUAAUUUUAACGUUGCCUUGCUAAAUGAUGAGACGAAGAGACGAUAGAAUUAGAGUAGCGUUAAGUAGCCAAAACUUGAAUCAAUUAAAUGUUUUUUUAAGUGACAAAUCCAACUCAAAAACACAACACAAAAACUGUAUCAGUGCAUUCAAGUGAUAAAUUAUCAUAUUGAUUAUAAAUUACAAUUUUAGUAGGUAGCCCCUUGAUUUA